UGCAGCAGAUUGGACAUGGAGGAUCUUAUUUUGUGGACAUAAUUUCUUGACUGGAUUAUAUUCUCUGGACCUUUACGGAACAAAUGAGACCAACUUUGUGUGAAUAUGUUGAUGUUUGACAGACCAGAGCGCUCAAAGCCCUGGCAUGAUCCACACAUACUGGCUAAAGAAGCUCACUGCUCUCAUGGGUGGGAUUCACCCUGAAUGGCUAACCGAAGGGCGUACAAUCCUGAUCCAGAAGGAUCCCUCAAAGGGUACUGUCCCAUCCAACUGUCGGCCAAUAACCUGUCUCUCCACAACAUGGAAGCUCAUAUCAGGCAUCAUUGCGACUAAGAUAAGUGGGCACAUGGAUCAAUACAUGAGCACAGCGCAGAAGGGCAUCGGCAAAGAUACCAGGGGUGCCAAACACCAGCUCCUGGUAGACCGGACAGUCACCCGAGACAGCAGCACCCGUAAGACCAACCUGUGCAGUGCCUGAAUUGAAUACAAGAAAGCGUAUGACUCAAUGCCACACACAUGGAUCACUGAAUGCCUAGAACUGUACAACAUCAACAGAACUCUAAGAGCCUUCAUUGCAAACUUGAUGAGGUUGUGGAAAACCACCCUUGAGGCCAAUGGCAAGCCACUUUCAAAAGUGACCAUCAAAUGUGGCAUAUACCAAGGAGACGCACUGUCCCCACUGCUGAUCUGCAUAGGUCUGAAUACCCUCAGCCAAAUCAUCAGCAACACUGGCUAUGGAUACCGACUCUGGAAUGGGGCUACCAUCAGUCACCUCCACUACAUGGAUGACAUCAAGCUGCAUGCUAAGAAUGAGUGGGACAACGACUCACUGAUCCACACCACCAGGAUCUACAGCACAGAAAUUGGAAUGUCAUUCGGGCUUGAGAAGUGUAGCCGGAUGGUGACAAAGAGAGGGAAGCUCGUCUACACAGAAGGGGUCUUCUUCCCAGAAGGGACAAUAGGAGACAUUGAGGAUAGUUAUAAGUACCUUGGUAUCCCACAAGCAAAUGGCAACCUUGAAGAGGAAACAAGGAAAGUAGCCACAGCCAAAUACCCCAGACGAGUAAGGCAAGUCCUAAGGAGUCAGCUCAUUGGCAAGAACAAGACCCAGGCCAGUAAUCAGAUACCCAGCAGGAAUCUUAAGGUGGCCAAAGGAGGAGAUACAGACCACAGAUGUUAAGACCCGAAUGCUCCUGACCAUGCAUGGCGGGUUUCAUCCCAAAUUCA